AUGGUUAAUAAUUCUCAAAUGAUGGAUAAUCUUUCCCUCAACGAAGCUCAAGUACAAGAGCUCGAAAAAGAACUUGAAGAAAACCCUUUCAAUAUCCGCGCCCUCAGUGAGCUGGCUCAAUAUUUUGCAAGUCAAGGGGACUAUGCAUCAGCAUGCCAGCACUACGAAAAAAUUGUCAGGGUAGACGAAGAGAACGGUAAGGCCUGGACCGCCCUCGGCCAUUGUUACCUUCUCAAAGGUGAGUACCAGAAAUGUUUCACUGCCUACCAGAAAGCCUUGUAUACUAUGGAAGACAACCGCGAUCCUCAGUUGUGGUAUGGAAUUGGCUUACUUUACAAUAAAUUCGAAAGUUACGAGUACGCCGAGCCCGCUUACCAAGCAGUUUUAAGGAUCGACCCCAACUUUGAGCAAAAGCACGAAGUCCUCUACAAGUUGGGUCUGAUCUAUAAGAAGACCAAAUCCUUUGAUAAUGCUAUCACAUAUCUCAGAAAUUCCAUGGCCUGUGAAAAUGUCCCAAUUUCACGAAAAGUUGAUGCCUUGUGCCACAUAGGGAAUUCCUAUGAAAAACAGGAGAAAAUGGACGAGGCAAUCAGCAUUUAUAGGGAGGCGCUCACUUUGGAUGAAAAUAAUUUCAAGACGAUGGAGUACUUGGGCUGGGCACUGAUGAUCCAUUCAGACCACGACCAGGCCUUGGAGAUUCUGAAUCGGGCUCUUGAGUUCGUCAAAGAAAACUGUGCAGAGGCAGGGGAUAUCCACUACUUGAUUGGGAGGUGCUAUUUGGACCUCAAAAACUACCCAGAAGGCCAGUCCGCUUUCCAAAAGGCCAUUUAUAAAAAUCCAAACGCCUACAUCUACUGGUGCAGCAUUGGGAUUUUAUACGCCUUAGCGACCCAGCCACAAGACGCCUUCGAGUGCUUUGUAAAAGCAUCAAACAUUUCCCCUGAAUGCGGAGAUGUCUGGUUCAACAUGGCAGUCCUCUAUGAGCACUGCAAACAAAAGCAAGAGGCAAGCUUGGCCUAUCAGCGAGCUUUUAGUCUAGACAGCACAAAUAAAAAAGCUAUUGACAGGAAAACCAAGCUCCAAGCUGGUGACGAAACUUCCCCAAUCCCCGAUUUCAUCCACCCCGCCUUUGAAGUAAGUGACAUUCCUUUCUCAAUUAAAAAGAACGACAAAGCUUCCAAGCCUAUCAAAACGCUCCCAGACAUCAAAAAUUUCAGAAGGGACGGAGAAGCUGAAGAAGAGAAAUUCCAAGACGCUGAACAAGAUGAAGGCAGUCCUACACAAGAAGAAGCAGAAGUCAAAAAUGAGAAGCCUGAAGAGGAAGAAGGAGAAGAAGAAGGAGAGGAAGAAGAAAGUGAAGAAAGUGAAGAAGAGGAAGAAGACGAAGAUGAGGACGCAUCCAUUAAAAGUGAUGAUAACUCAGAGUCUGAAGAAGUGCCAGCUGAAAGUCUGAGAAGAACAGAAGGCCCGAGAACGAGAAGAAGGGAUGAGAUGCAGAAUAAGAAACCAACUCCUCAGUCAGCACCUGUGCAAGCUCCUCAGCCACAAAAGCCAAAACCACCACAGCCUCAACCUCAGCCUUCUCCUCAAGUUUUAGCACCUGUGGCUGCUCCUCAAGCACAACUUUCUUCUUUAGCCCAGUUCCAACAAAUGUCUCAAAUGGCUUUCCAGCAGAGACCUCAGCAGAAUGUACCCCAGCAAGCUCCAAAAAUGGCUUCUCCAAUGGGGAAUCUACCUCCUCAGCCAAGCAAAACUCCGCAGAUGCCAACACCAUCAAAACCUCAAAUGAACUCUCCUCCUGGCUUCCCACAAGGAAUGAAUCCAUUUGGAGGGAUGCCAAACUUCCCGAUGCCGCCAAACAUGCAAGGGAUGCCAGGCAUGCCUAACACAAUGCAAGGUAUGCCAAACAUGCCUCAGAUGCCUAAUAUGCCAGGAAUGCCAGGUAUGCCGAAUUCAAUGCAAAACCUUCAAAAUCAGUCUCAGUCCAAUCUUUCCUCAGGAGGGAUGCCUAAUUUCCCACUCCCGCCCAACAUGCAAAAUGUCCAGAAUAUGCCGCCAAAUAUGCAAAACAUGCCAAAUAUGCCAAGCAUGCCUAACAUGGGCAACAUGCAAAACAUGCCCAAUAUGCCUAACAUGCAAAACAUGCCCAACAUGCCAAAUAUGCCUAACUUAUCAAACCAACAGCCUCAAAACGUACAAAAUCCUAACAUGCACCAAUUCCAAGGAGGAAUGCCUAACUUCGGAGUCCCUAAUAUGCAAAACAACCCCAAUCAAGGAAAUAUGCCAAACUUCCCUGGGCUUCAAGGUAUGCUAGGAAUGCCUGGAGGGCCAAACAUGAUGAUGCCUGGAAUGAUGGGAAUGCAAGGACAGCCUGGUAUGAUGAUGCCACAGCAGCCAAACAUGAUGGCUAUGCAAGGGCAGCCUCAAUCUCAACAAGGUGGCCAGUCUAACCAACAAAAAGGAGCAGUCCCUGGCUUCAACCCUUACCAAAUGGCAGCCCUAAUGAUGAAUCCUAUGCUGGCAGCUCAAAUGAUGUACGGAAUGGGCUCAGUCCCAGGGAUGAACCCUAUGAUGCCACCAGGCAUGGGAAGUAUGCCCCAAAUGGGCGGCAUGCCUGGAGGAUUUCCAGGAGGCAUGCCAGGCGGUAUGCCAGGAAAUCCACCACAAGGUAUGAAUAUGGCCAACUUAAUGAAUAGCAUGAGAAUGCUGGCACAAGCCCGACAACAAAUGAACCCUCAGAAUCCACAGAAAAAAGAGCACGACGAGGACAUCGCAGAAGCAUUGGCAAAUUUGAACGAAAAAGACGAAGACGAAGAUGGAUCAAGGAAAAGAAAAGGAGACAGUGACAAAGAUUCAGCAAAGAAAAAGAGGAAAAGGAAAUAA